CUGCCCGGUGUGUGUAGACGGUUGCACGUGAAUCGCCGUGAUGGCCAGCAGCUCUGAUGUGGUGAAGAAAGUCACGCGGUUCAAACUUCAGCUCACAGACACAGCAGAGUCUGCUACGGUUCUAAAAAUCUUGCAGAAACUCAAGGAUCUGGAUAUCACAUUAGACAUUCUUGCUGAAACUGGAAUUGGCAAAACUGUUAACUCCUUGCGCAGACAUGAACAGGCUGGAGAAUUUGCCAGGUCACUAGUUAGGUGUUGGAAAAGACUGGUCCCAAAGGACUCCACAAGCCACACAGAACAUGGGGAUGUUGCAGAGAGAUUGUCUGUUAGAGAUGAACUGGAUGACCGAAACUGUCCAACUAAUGGAAGUUUGAUGAUGGAGGAUUUAAACAAUAAUUGCUUAAUGUCUAAUGGCAAGAGUCAGAAUUCUUCAGAUGAGUCUCUCUUCAAAACGGAGAAUAGGAAAGCUGAUUCAGAGAAACAAUGUGAAGAGCAGACAAGGCAUGAAGACCAGAAUGAAAAUGAAGAGAAAAGUAAAGAACAAGAAAACCAGACUAUCUCUAAGAGAGAUGACACUUAUCAGGAAUCCAGGUCUGAUUCCAGGAAAAAAUUCAAAAGCAACUCUGAGAGUGGAAGAUUUGGGUCAGAAAAACAGUCAAAUAAGAUAUCGAAGACAUCACAAGAAUCGUCAAAGGAAAGUAAAGUAUCUUCUUCAUUCGAGUCUGGAGAAAAAUACUCAAAUACUUCCAACCUGGCCAGUGUCAAAGAUGACAGACCUUCAGAAAUACUGAGAAGCUCGGAGGCCCAAAACAAAAAAAGGAAAAAAACAGGCAAAGAGAAACACACCACUCUGAAGUACAAACUAGACUCUGGAAAUAAGGAACAUUCAAAAAACAAAAAGGCUAAAAUAAAGCAUAAGGAAAGCAAUGGUGACCCUGCGGAGCCCUCCAUGUCUUUUGAGUCCUGCUUGAACUAUGACGUAAAUGCUUUGAAGAGAAAAGAUAGAUAUGGCGUGAAGAAACCUCCCAAAAAAAUCAAGACUGCUUCGAAAGAGGAGGCAACAAAAGGUCCUGGCAUGACAGCUUUCAAGUCACAUGUGAUGUCUCUAAAUGUUACAUCUCCAAAACAGAUGAAGAAGUCUGUAAUGGACUUGAUGGACAUUCCUUUACCCGCUCUUCUGCCGGAGUAUGAAAAGCCAUCCUGUGUUGAGUACUUUGAGAGGAAAGUUGAGAAGGAGUCAGAUUUCUGUGACGUCACUGAGGAGUCUGCAGUCUUUACUGGUCAACGACUUAACAAGAAGAUGCAAGUGUACUCUGGCGCCAAGACCGUCUUUCUCCCGACCAUGAUGAGCUUGCACCAACAGUGUAUCCGCACGCUCCAGAAUAAUAUUAACUUGCUUUAUGAAACUGGCGGAGUCCCGUUUGAAAUCCUCGAGCCAGUGUUGGAGAGGUGUACACCAGAGCAGCUACUACGCAUUGAAGAAUGCAACCCAAUAUACGUUGGUGUUACAGACCACUUAUGGGGGAAACAUUGUCAGAAGGACUUUAAAGACUCCAAACUUCAGGAGUAUGAAUCAUGGAAAGAAAUGUACAUCAGGCUGUCUGAGGAGAGGGAAAGGAAACUCCAAAGACUGACAAAAAGCAUUGUCUCUGCACAUUCUAGCAAACCCAAAGGUCGGCAGGUGAAGAUGGCAUUUAUUCACACUGUUGCCAAGCCACCGAGAGAUGUGCGAAUUCAGCAGGAAAUUUAUGGAACAGCUGUUCAGCAGCCUCAUCAACUCAGGUGCAGUGUCAAGGUCCAGGACAACAGACCGAGGCAGAGUUGUAAUGAGCCCAGCAGGUGCAGCAGCACCAGUUCAGUGGCAAGCGCUACACAAGAUCCUCGCAAAAAAACAAGAGUUGCUCCAAUGAUGGCUAAGUCCUUAAAGGCAUUCAAGAAACAGCUGGGACGCAGAUAAACGCUAACACUUAUGGUCUUGGUAUUUAGUGUGUGGAUGUGAUGGAAGUGCACCUUAUCAUUGAUUAACUUUAGGCAAUAGAAGGCCUGUGUUCACCUUUGAUUAGUAUGUAUUGUUUGUCUAAAUAUAUAGGCAACUGCCAUGUUUUUUUUUCUCUAUAACCGUGAAUUGUCUUCACUAUUAAAUGGACAAUGAAAUGAGCAAAUUCAUGUGAUUUGAUAUUUUGUCUUUGAGCCUAUUUGAGCUGUAAAAGGUCAGACGGUAGGUUAUUUAAUGGGGUUUGGCUCCCUCUAGGGCGUGUCAUGUAAUAUUUCCUUUUAGUAUAUUUACAAUUGUCUCCUACAAACACUUUACUACACCUACAAUGCCAUGUUAUUUUUGUAAAUGCCAAUGUUAUGAUAUCAGUGUAACACUAAAUUGAACAAAAUCAAAGUGAACCCAGUGGCACCUGAUCAAAUAUUUACACCUUUAAUACAUUAGAUUUAUUGCUGGUCAUAUAUUGUAUUAUAACAGUUUUUUUUCAAGCUAUUUGUGGAUUUAGAAAAAUGGAAUCUAUAAAUAUAUAUCGACCAGUUAUCAAGAGAUUAUCUGUUUUCAUCCUGUUUGUUUGGGUCCAAAUUGUGUUCUCAGUUCUUAAAAGAUGCCAACAAAUUGUCCAACAUAAUGAAAAGAAAGCAGUUCUUUGUCAACUCGCUAAAAUCCCUAUGUUGUUGUAUUGUAGGUGGGAAGCCAUCUUCUUUAGGACCCAUCCUGUCUAUCUAUGUUUUUUGUUUGAACAUCUGAGAUAUUAAAAUGGCUCUGAGGUGUGCGGCUGUCAACACCACCUGUGGCAGCUUUUAGCCAAAUUCA